AUGAAAUUGGAGUCGUUCGAUUCGCAAUCAUCAGUCCGCGCUACGGCGACGAUGUCUUCGUCGCAGUCCCAGCAACAGCAACAGUUCCACUUGGAUUCAUCAUCUGUUAUCAAGACUGCCCCUCCAGGUCGUGGACAGCAGCAACAACAACAACAACAGCAGCAACAUGAUUUUUCACCAAAAAGUGAACCAAUUGAUUUGGCACCACUUAGCCAACCAAGUUUACAAGAUCUAAGUAAAAUGCAACCUAUCGAGCAGUAUUAUUCUAUGCCUAGCUAUAGUCGAGUAUACACCGACUAUGCGGCUAUUGGACUUGCGCAAGGUCAAACGUCCAUUAUUACGGCUCCUUCUAGUGCUACACCACUUUACUAUCCGACCGUAUUCCAAGGUGCCGUAACGGCUCACGAAUGGCAACGUCCUAUGGAACACUAUCAACAAUAUCAGCAACAGCAGCAGCGAGCCAGUGCCCUACAGUAUCCCCAAGAGGUACCACAACCUCAGCAACAACAACCACAGCAACAGCAACAGCAACAACAACAGCAACAACAACAACCAGAAACGCGGGUAUAUAAAACCGCGGUAGAAAUGCCUUCUCCGGUAGAUAGCGGUAUUGGUGCUGAUUUAUCCUUAAUUGCAACAAAAAGUGAAGAUUUUUAUGCAGCAACUGAUGUAUUACAUGGUAUCCAAUCAGCUACCAACGAUCGUACUGAACGUUCACUGAGCCAUCGUGAUUCACCGGUCGUCAUUCCCAAAUUAGAGAACAGUCUCGGCUUCCAAUACGUCUUAGAAGCUCCAAUAUCAACAUCGGUUCGUAAAGAAGAUGAUCGGAUGACUUACGUCAACAAAGGACAAUUUUAUACCGUUUCAUUUGAUUACAUUCCUGAUCUUUGUAAACCACUAAAAAGUCCUACAGUUAAGAGUCAGUUAAUGAUCGUAUUUCGAGAAGAUAAAACCUAUGAGGAAGAAAUCAAAACUUGGCAAUUUUGGCAUUCUAGGCAACAUUCGGUGAAACAACGAAUUCUAGAAAUUGAUGCUAAAAAUAGUUCCGGUAUGAUUGGACAAAUUGAAGAAAUUGCACAUAAUGCUAUACAAUUUUAUUGGAAUCCAACCGAACAAUCGAGCGUUAAAAUCAGCAUCGCAGUGCAAUGUCUAUCGACAGAUUUCAGUAAUCAAAAAGGUGUCAAAGGUCUUCCACUUCACAUUCAAAUUGACACAUACGAUGAAAAUGACAGUACGGAUGUUCCGUUUCAUCGAGGAUAUUGCCAAAUUAAAGUAUUUUGCGAUAAGGGUGCUAACCGAAAAAUGCUACAUGAGACGCGAAGAGAUGAAAAACGCAGACUUCAAGGACGCAAGAAAUCGGAUGGAGAAUAUCAUGAUCCAUGUGAACGUUCCGAAUUUUAUCAUAUGAGUGAUUUAACCAAACGUGCUGCUUUAUUUAUUGGGCCUGACGAGUAUGAUUCACGUUAUCUUGAAAGUAGCCUGGCUUUUGAUCCAUUAUCGGAACUGGAACCGGUUACAAAACGGCCUAGAACAUCUGAAAGGAUAAUGCUAUAUGUAAGAAAACGAGAUGAACAAAUCUAUACGCCAUUGCAUAUUAUACCUCCCUCAUUAACCGGUCUUAUACAAGCAGUUGUUGAAAAAUUUGGUGUUGAAAGUGAAAAGAUAUCGGGUUUAUUUAAGCAAUGCACAAAAGGUGUAACUGUAAAAUUGGAUGAUGAUAUGUUGAAGCAUUAUUGUAAUGAGGAUACUUUUAUCAUUGAUAUUGAACAAGCCCAGGAUGAUCCAUCGUGCUGUACAGUAACACUCGUUGAAUUACCACCAUCACAUUUUUCCCAGUCUACAUAA